UCGGUUUCAAGUUGGAACUGUUGAUGUUUGGUUUCUCGUUGAACAACGAUAGAUGGGUCUUCGACAGAGGAAGCAACAACUGCAAGAGCAGCCGCUCAGCACACAGUGCCACGAGCAGCAGCAACAGCAGCCUGACUGCAGUAGUCAUCAAGAAGAAAAAUUCUUCGAUGAGAAUGCCUCACAAAAGAUGACGACAAUGAAUCGGCUGGUUGCGUUGGUUUCCUUCCUCUGUGCAACAUGGGUGCUCUGCUACAUGCUGUUUUCCGGUAUCGACCCGGGCAGAUCAAUGUAUGCACGGAUGGCCGAUCGGGUAGUGGGAGAUCCCAAGGGAGGAGGCCAGAUAUUGCACCUUGCAUUUCCCGUCUUGAUUGCCGGGAGUUUGGCGUCUCUCUGCUGGACGUUGCCAUCUCUGUCGGUGUCUCGUCGCAGUGCAUUAUCAUCACUUGUAAGACAACAACUUCCCAACUGGAUCUAUCGAUGCCGGCAUCGACUCCUGUUUGUUGAAGGAGAGUGGAAGCUCGAUUUUUUGGCAUGGACUCUUAUCCUCGUCCCCAGCGUCGUUUUUGUCUUCAUGGUGGUAUACCGACAUAUGCAUGGGAAGGAGUUGGCUCUGGAUGAUCAAGUCUCGGUCACAUCCAACGCGUUUGGAGUCGUCGCAGAAGUGGUCGGAUCCUUCCUCAUGAUCCCCGUGGCUCGACAUUCCUCCCUCUUAAAAGUCGUCGGAUGGAGUCCAGCAAGGGCUGUUAUACUGCAUAUUUGGACGGGACGAAUAUUCAUCCUGGCCGUCAUUGUCCAUGGUUCCAUGCACAUGUUCCGAUGGGUUGGACUGUCCAACGAGAGUCUCGUGGGAAUGCUCGUGCCACCGUCGGGUUGUUGGUCCAUGAACUCGGAGACUUACAAUGCAGCACAACCUACCUGUGUCGAUGAGGACACUGACUGCACUUGCUACGAUAUCCAUCGAAACUUGACUGGUUUUCUGGCUGGCGUGGCACUCCUUGUCAUAUUGAUUACAAGUUGGUAUCCAAUUCGCCGUCAGUGCUACCGACUCUUUUACAUGUCUCAUGUCAUUGCGGCACCACUGGCAAUCAUACUCGUUGUGUUGCAUUGGAACAGGUCCAUUCUUUUCAUGGCUCCUAGUCUCAUCUACUAUACUGCGAGCUCCUUCCCCGUCUUCGUGGAGAGCUGGGGGCGGCAAUCGACUUCCAAAGGUGUGGAAGUGGUCUCAAUUGAUAGGAUUGCUUCCUUUGCGGACUGGAAAGGGAAGCAGGGCGCCAAUUCCAGAGGCACCAAUUCCACGCACUACAUUAGCUUAACGGUCAGAGCCACCGAAGCUGCUGUUCGGCAGUUCCGACCUGGUUACUACAUCCAGCUUCUGGCACCGGAUGUUUCCGCCAUCUCGCAUCCUUUCACCAUCAAUCUGGUGCCCGCUAGGCAUGAUCAGUUACGCAUCAUUUUCAAGGCCACAGGAAACUUUACCUUACAGCUCUCGCAAAGUUUGCAACCACAACCACAACAACCUCCUUCCUCCAGUCUUCCUCCCAUCUUCUUGGAUGGUUUCUUGGGAUCACCCAGUCGCGUUCGAGAAGUCCUUCAGCACGACGUGGCAACCAUGGUUGCCGGGGGCAUCGGAAUUACUCCGUAUCUGACAUUGCUUCAUCAUGUUCAUGACCUGUUGGCCCAAGCACCGCUAAACACCUUUGCCACCAAGCGAAUUGUACUGUUGUGGAUCUGCCGAGAUGCCAGCUUGGUCGAAUAUGUCCAGAGAGAAUACCUCCAACCUUUGCUGACUAGCCACAGUCACAACGACAAUGCGGAUUUCAAGAUCAAGAUUGUUGUGUAUCACACAGGGGAUCAUUCGAUGACAGCAAUGCCAUGCUCGAAUGAUGAGGAGAAUGCUCUGCCGGCAAGUCCCGUUACCGGUACGGAGGCAGCGAGUCUCAUUCAGGGCAGGCCGUUUUCGCCGUCACGGUUUUCCACGGGAUCUAGUUCGAGUAUGAAAACAAACGUACUUGGCUUUCUGGCAUUUUCUUUCACUGCCUGGCUGGGACUGGCAUCUGUAUGGUGGGCGUACAAACAUCUGCAAGCAAAGAAAGAAACUGUUUAUCGAGUAGCGGGGCCUGUGUUUAUUGUUGUUGUGGGUCUUGUGGUGGCCGUGGCCAUCAAUAUGCUGAGCAGACUCUCCUGUUUUCAGCAAGAUGGGGAGGACUCUAGCACUUCCUCCCCUAUGUGGUCGCCUGUCCCAUCUCUCGAUGAAGAGGCAGCGCUCCCUGAUGGCCUUGUCCAAUCAUCCAUUGAAAUGGAAACGGUAGGAGCUGUGCCUGAUGUUAACGAAGGCGACGUGUCCGAUGACGACAAUGAUGGAGCAAUCUCUGGAAGUGUGGUGUCAAUGGAGGAGAGAAGGGGCAGGCCCUCUGUUCAUCAACUCCUCAAACAUGCAGACAAUGGAAGACAUCCUGGGUUGUUUACUUGCGGGCCGCUUCCUCUUAUGAAGGAUAUUCGUGAGCAUACCGAGGAACGCUGCAUCAUGCGUCUUCAACAGUGCAUGCGAGGGGCAUCGCAUAACAUUGCUUUGUAUGAAGAGGCAUUUGCCAUGUAGUCUCGGCUGCCUCUGUGUGCUUUUUAGAUUAUUAGAAUGUAAAAUUUAGAUACCAUU